UUGACAUUAUGGCGGAUAUUAGAAUCUAGAUAUUGAAAAGAUCUAAUGUAAACUUUUUAAAAUUUAGAGAAUUAGAUCACGAUCUAGAUCUAGUUGCAAUUAGAUCUAACGAAAGGGAUAAUUUUUUGUACUAGAGAUCUUGAUCUAACAACUGUUAUUGAUUAGUAAAAAUGUCCAAUCCUUAUUUUCCUUCACCCUUACCACGGGUUGAGGAUUCUUUGUGGUUCAAUGUUGACAAACCAAGAGAUGAUGAAAAUGAACUUACCCUCCUAGAGGAAAAAUACCAAGCAUGGAUGAGCGCCAUAGCUUUAAAAGAUAACAACAUUGUACCUAUUGGAAAAUCAUCAGAGCACUUAGAAGAGGAAGAGGAGGAAGAAGAUGAAGAGGAGUGUGAAGAGGAGGAGGAAAGUGACACCAAUGAUGACCCAGAUACAGAUAUGAUGGAUGAGAGAGAUUCUAAUGAUGAGGCCAGUACUUACUAAAUCCUAUCAUUUCUACUGAGAAUGAGUGCUGCCUGUUGUAAAGAGAUACAAGUCUUUCAAAUGUGGUAUAAGUGCAAUGACAUAUAAUGAAAACAAUUCUGUGCAUGCAUGUUUAACUAUUUUGUGUAUGUUUAUUUUUAGCUGUCAUUUUACAUAUUGUCAGAGGUGGUGAUAAUUAAUUAGCACUUCAAUUUUUUAAACGAAACAACUGCCAAGUUAGGAUAUGGGGUAAUUUUUCCAUCUCCAUGGUGUGCUGUAUUUUAGUAUUUUGUAUGGUAAUUUUUAGAAUUAAAACAACUGACAUGUGGUUGGUGUACUUGUGCAUGAAAGAAUUAUCACUUCAUUAUUAUUCAUUAUUUAGAAUUAAAAUGGAAUUAAUUAAAAUUAAAGCUGUAGUUUUGGUGUGAUAUUUUUUAUCAAGCUGCAGUUUGCUUUGAUGUCUCAGAAAAGUAUAAAAUUGGCCUAUUUAAAACCAAUGAACUUGUAUCAAGUUAAAUCUAGAAAAAAGCAGCCCCUAUUUAUAGUAAAGUUACUCCACUUAAACAAUGUAUGUAAUAUGAUUAUUAAAAUGUUAUUAGUUUUUUUUUUAAUCAAAAAUCUCUCUUUUGUCUACACCUGACUUAAUUAUUUUAAUUAAUAAAUUUGUAAUUGUUA